ACUGCUGCAGCUGCCAUGGCAAGUCCGAGUAAGGGGCACACGACGCCCCGCCUGAGACAGCGGCCGUCGUCCAACCCGGAUACCUCAAGCUUCGAAUACCAGCAAGUCCAGGAUGAUGAACACGUCGCUGAGGUUUAUCAGAACCCUCGCAAUCGGAGCGAGGUUGAGCGGUUCUUCGAGAGUAGCCAGGGCAGCUUCAUCGUCGUGUCUGCCCUGACCGCGUUGGCGCUCGCUCUGCGGUUCUACAAGAUCAGUUUCCCUGACCAAGUUGUGUUCGACGAAGUCCACUUUGGAAAGUUCGCAGCAUACUACAUCACGCACCAGUACUACUUCGAUGUCCACCCUCCGUUGGCGAAGAUGUUGUUCGGUCUUGCAGGGUGGUUUGUCGGCUUUGACGGCUCUUUCCUCUUCGACAACAUUGGCGACAGUUAUAUCACGAACAAUGUUCCCUAUGUUGGAAUGCGGGCACUUCCAGCUGUUCUCGGCAGUCUUACGGUUCCUAUUGUUUAUGCGAUUAUGAAGGAGAGCGGUUAUUCGACAAUUAUUGCGGCGUUUUCUGCCUCGCUUAUUCUCUUUGACAACGCUCAUAUUGCUCAGUCCCGACUCAUCCUCCUCGACGCGGCGCUUAUUUUCUUCAUGUCCCUCACCGUCUACUCCUAUAUUCGUUUCAGGAAAUACCGAUACAGGGAGUUCACGUUCGAGUGGUAUACGUGGCUCUUCAUGACCGGCUUCUGGAUGGCUUGCACGUGGGCGUCCAAGGUUAACGGUGUCUUGAUUGUCGCCACUAUCGGUAUUGCCGUCCUCAUUGACUUGUGGGAUGUCCUCGAUUCGCGCAAGGAGGGUCACACCAUGGAAUACUUCUGGAAUCACUUCAAGGCGCGCGCCUUGGGUUUGAUUGUCUGGCCCAUCACGAUCUAUCUUUUCUUCUUCUACAUUCAUUUCUCCAUUCUUUAUCAAUCUGGCCCUGGAGAUCACUUCAUGAGCCCUGCAUUCCAGGAGACUCUUGCUGGAAAUGAGAUGUUGUUGAACAGCAAGGAAAUUCGCUAUUACGACGUUGUUACGAUUCGCCACAAGGAUACCAAGGUCUUCCUUCACUCCCACCCCGAGAAAUACCCCCUUCAAUACGAAGAUGGCCGUAUCUCCAGUCAAGGUCAACAGGUUACCGGUUAUGGUCACAAUGAUACCAACAACCACUGGCGAAUCAUCCCCACCAAGUCUCUUCCUGAGACUGGUCGUGGCCGCAUCGUCCGCAACCAGGACAUCGUUCAGCUUCUCCACGUCAACACUGACACCCACCUUCUCACUCACGAUGUCGCCUCCCCCUUGAUGCCCACCAACCAAGAGUUCACCACCUGGCCACGAAACGACCACUCUCGCCACAACGAUACCCUUUUCCAGAUUCAAUUGUCCGGUGAUUUCAAUGAUAGCGAGCCUUGGAAGACCAAGUCAGGUCACUUUAGGCUUAUCCAUGUGCCCACCAAGGUUGCCCUAUGGACCCGUGCCAAGCAGCUUCCUGAAUGGGCUUUCAAGCAGCAAGAUGUCAACGGUAACAAGAACGCCAAUGACAAGACCGCCAUCUGGUUUGUUGAUGACAUUAUUGAAGACCAAUUUGGUGAAGAGCCUGUUGACAGAGGCAGUGAUGCACCCGUCAAGGUUCCUAAGAAGAUGAACUUCUUCAGGAAAUUCGGCGAGCUUCAACUCCUCAUGUGGCAGCACAACGCUGGCUUGACUGCUUCGCACCCUUAUGCCAGCGGACCCAUCAACUGGCCCUUCCUCAUCAGUGGUAUCAGCUUCUGGACCAACAACGAUGACAAGAAACAGAUCUAUCUCAUUGGAAACAUCGUGGGCUGGUGGACUUGCGUCAUCGGCCUUUCCAUCUACGUUGGUAUCCUCGGUGCUGAUCUCCUCGCUCGUCGUCGCCAGAUGGACCCCAUUCCUGAUCCUGUGCGCAACCGACUCUGGAACAACACUGGUUUCUUCCUCCUCGUUUGGGCUGUCCACUACCUUCCGUUCUUCUUGAUGAGCCGACAGUUGUUCAUUCAUCAUUACCUUCCUUCACAUCUUGCAUCCGCUCUCAUCGCUGGCUCUGUAUUGAGCUUCGUGCUGAGCGAGACGGUCAAUUAUCCCAUCUCAAUUGUCGGUCCCAAGACAAGGCUUCGACCAUCACAAUACGCCGAUACUGGCCUCAAGGGCUUUGCUAUCGUUAUCCUCUUUGCCCUUCUCCUCUUCUUGCUUUUCGUCUUCCUUGCGCCAUUGACUUAUGGAACUCCUGGGUUGACCGGUGAACAAGUGAAUGCCAAGCGACUUUUGUCGUCCUGGACCCUGCACUUUGCCGCUAAAAAGACUCACGAUGUGUAG